AUCAUGAUGGACGCAAAGGAAGAAAUGGAAAAAAGUUUCAAGGAAGAUAAAUAUAACUGGGAGCCGCGACUAGUUGUUGCCGUUGACUUUGGGACUUCCGGAACAGGCUUUGCUUUUCAGCUAAGAAAUGACUACGAGGCAAAUCACCAUAAAAUGUACUAUGACAGUUACUUAAGCAGAAAUAACAAUCGUAAAAACUCUACAGCUGUUUUGAUAAGUAAAGAUUUUUCAAAUUCAUACUUUGGUGUUCAAGCUGAAGACUUAUAUAGACGAUCAAAGGACCCUACUAAAUGGUAUUUCUUCCGACAUUUCAAAAUGCAGAUGUACAGAGACAAAAACCAUCAGGAUAUCUGUAGCGGAACAAAACUAAAAGAUGUAAAUGGCAACCUGUUACCAGCAGAGACUGUGUUUGGUGAAAGUUUGAAGUGCUUAAUAGCAGAAGUUUAUGAAAUGUUAGAGAAAGCAAACAUAAAUAUAUUGGAGCAUUUCACCAAAUGGGUCAUAACAGUACCAGCAAUUUGGAAUGACGGAGCAAAGGCAGUGAUGCGAAAUGCCGCAGCACUGGCUGGUAUAAAAUCACGAUACCUUACAAUUGCGCUGGAACCAGAAGCGGCUGUAAUUUACUAUGCAAUGACAGACGAAAGACCAAAUGAGCCUUCGGGCAGUGUAGAUCAGAAAAUGUUUGCAAGACCAGGCUUUACAUAUAUGGUCGCAGAUAUUGGAGCUGGAACUAGUGACAUCACGACAAUCCGCAUAACAGAGAACGGGAAAAUGAAACGAAUUCACGAGGCAGUGGGCGGACCGGCGGUUGGAGAAACUAUGGACAGACGACUAAUCGAGAUUGUUGCAGAUCUAUUUGGAGAAAAAAUCUGGAAGAAGUUUGCGAACGAGCGUUCUCGACAUUACGCUAAAUUUAGAGAAUCAGUCGAAAAUGCAAAAAUAGAAUUGGAGUAUGAUAAAUUUCUCGAUUUUUUUGAUGACAACGUUAUGCUGACAAUGCCUGAGGGUGUAUUAUGGGAGUUGGCAAAGGAAAUGGAAGAGGAGGAUUUAGCUGUAGCUAUUGAAAAGAGAGGCAAACGUCUGGUGAAUGGAAGACUUAAAUUUGCGGAUGGGAAUUUAUGUUUCGACGUUGAUUUCGUCAGAAAAAUUAUGUUAGAGUCAGUGGCAGAAGUGCUGAAGUAUAUCAAGAAUGUAAUAGAAAGUGAGAAAGGAGACGGACAAUUAAUCAAUGCAGUCAUACUUGUUGGAGGAUUUGCCUUAUCCGAAUUUAUUUUCAAAGCAAUACAAAACUAUAUUGACGAUGUACGAGUAAUGAGGCCUUUGCAUUGUAGCAUGGCCGUUUUGCGUGGGGCUGUAUUAUUUGGGCAAAACGAGAGUCUCCUGAAUGUGAGAAUAGGUAUUGCUUGCAAUAAGCCGUUUGUGCGAGGGGAUCCCAAAGAGAGGAAAGUAAAAUAUGACGGAAAGAUUUGCGUGAAAGAUCAUUUCUCAAAGCAAGUCACCAGAGGGCAAGAAGUACAAGUCAAUGAAUGGACCGAAUCUAUUGAAUGCCUUUAUCCAUUAAUUGUUGACAUGUUUCUUUUACUGUAA